UGCAGUAAGUCAUAACUCGCUUCCUACUGCUGCCAAUCUUGUGUAUAUUAUCUUCUUCUUAUUCUAGUUGUGUGUUUCUUUUCUUGAGUGUUAUUUCUCGAUCUGCUUCAACAUCAUCAUCCAUCAAAAGAGGUGAGGUGUGUUGUUUUGAGGUGAAACGAGACAAGAGGAAAUUGUUAUUCUUAACUACUGCAUAAUAAUGACGAUGGGUGACAUCAACAUGACUAAUGCCACCGCUGCAACUAAGAAUCAACAGUUCCAAUAUGAUCAUUCGCUUGAUGUAAUGCCACAACGGCAAGGUGGAUCUAAAUGUUUUGAUGAUGAUGGCCGUCUUAAAAGAACAGGAACCGUGUGGACAGCGAGUGCACAUAUUAUUACGGCUGUCAUAGGAUCAGGAGUGCUCUCAUUAGCAUGGGCCAUAGCUCAGCUUGGUUGGAUUGCUGGUCCAACUGUGAUGUUCUUGUUUGCCUUUGUGAUUUACUACACAUCCUGUUUACUAGCUGACUGCUACAGAACUGGAGACAAUGUUACCGGCAAGAGAAACUACACAUACAUGGAUGCUGUUAGCACUAAUCUUGGUGGUUCUAAGACCAAGCUCUGUGGGAUAAUUCAGUACAUUAAUCUUUUUGGUGUCGCAAUCGGAUAUACCAUUGCAGCAUCCAUCAGUAUGGUGGCUAUAAAGAGGUCGAACUGUUUCCAUGCUAGCGGCCAUGAUAACCCGUGCCUUACGUCGAGUACCCCAUACAUGAUCAUUUUUGGUGUAUCAGAAAUCAUAUUCUCACAAAUUCCAGACUUUGAUCAAAUUUCAUGGCUAUCAAUGGUUGCUGCAGUCAUGUCAUUUACUUAUUCCGGGAUCGGAAUGGGCCUCGGAAUCGCUAAAGUGGCAGAAAAUGGGAAAUUCAGAGGAAGUCUUACCGGAAUUAGCAUCGGUACCGUAACUCAAACCCAAAAGAUAUGGAGGAGCUUGCAAGCACUUGGAAACAUUGCUUUUGCCUACUCGUAUUCCAUAAUCCUAAUCGAAAUUCAGGACACAUUAAGAUCACCACCAUCAGAAGCUAAAACUAUGAAGAAAGCAAGUUUAGUCAGUGUCUCAACUACAACCAUCUUUUACAUGCUUUGUGGAUGUAUGGGUUAUGCGGCAUUCGGUGACAUGGCACCGGGCAACCUUCUAACCGGUUUCGGGUUCUACAACCCAUACUGGUUACUUGACAUUGCCAACGUUGCAAUCGUAAUUCACCUUGUUGGAGCUUACCAAGUCUAUUGCCAACCCUUAUUUGCCUUCAUUGAGAAGUGGGCAGCAACAAAAUGGCCAAAGAGUGAUUUCAUCAACAAAAACUAUCAAGUACCUCUCCCUGGAUGCUUCCCAUACAAUCUCAACUUAUUCAGACUUGUCUGGAGAACAGUAUUUGUAAUUCUAACGACAGUUAUAUCGAUGCUUCUUCCGUUCUUCAAUGACGUUGUUGGGAUUCUUGGCGCUUUCGGGUUUUGGCCGUUGACUGUAUAUUUUCCGGUUGAGAUGUACAUAUCACAUAGAAAGAUUCCCAAGUGGAGUAGCAAAUGGCUGUGCCUUCAGAUACUUAGUGCCGCUUGUUUAGUAAUCUCAAUUGCAGCCGCAGCAGGCUCAGUAGCUGGUGUUAUCACCGAUCUUAAGGUGUAUCGUCCCUUCGUCUAACUAUCGAUAUCGUCGAUACAUCAUUGGCUCGAGAAAAGGAAGUAUCGAUUCGUCUAACUAUCGAUAUCGUCGAUACACUAGCCCGCUCACCAAAUUGUAGUUCCCAUGUUCAACAUUAAAAGUUGUUACCGUUGAUAAUUCCCAUCAAAUGUUGCGUUUUACUCUUUUUGUCUAUAAGUCGAAAAAGAGGCAGUAGUCCGUAUAUGUAUGUAUUAAUCUUAUGUAGAAAUCAAAUAUAUGGUUCUCUUCAAAAUUUCACUUA